AUGUCUGCCUGGCCUACCAAUAACUCCAACAAUCGCCCGCCUCGCGAAACGGGCUUCCUCGACGCCAGCAAUCUGCUUCCCGGGGUGUGCGCCGGGUGCGCCCGCAACUUUGAGCCAGCUAUGCAAGAAAUGACAGAGUCACUCAUCGACAUGCGCUCCGCGUUGGUACGCUUCUACCGCGCCAUGGACUACAUGCGUAAGAAUUUGAAGCCCGAGGCGAUGGUACACAAGCACCGUCUCGAAAUGUAUGAAAUGCAGAAGGAGAAUUCCAAGCUCCUUGAUCAGGUCAAGAAACUGAGGGAGGAGAACCGGCAUUUGAAGGAGCUCUUGGGGUGUCAGACGCACGGACAACAGGCCGAUGAGCCGAAGAAGUAG